AAAUAUAACGUUGAUACAUGAAGCUUAGAUCACUAAGAACUUCUUAAGAUUGUUUUUCUGGAUCAAACUAUCACACAUCAUCACCAGAUUUUGUGUAAUCUGGGAGAUAAAGAAAGAUGAAUAUUAGUGAUUUGGGUUGGGAUGAUGAAGAGAAAUCGGUGGUUAUUGCUGUUUUAGGGCAUUUAGCUUCUGAUUUUCUCCGAGCAAACUCUAAUUCGAAUCAGAAUCUGUUUCUGGUCAUGGGAACUGAUGAUAGUCUGAAUAAGAAGCUCUCUAGUCUCGUAGAUUGGCCAAACUCGGAGAAUUUCAGCUGGAACUACGCUAUUUUCUGGCAACAAACCAUGUCUAGAUCCGGACAACAAGUCUUAGGUUGGGGAGAUGGGUGUUGUCGAGAGCCUAAUGAGGAAGAGGAAUCAAAAGUUGUUAGGUCUUAUAAUUUUAGCAACAUGGGAGUAGAGGAAGAGACAUGGCAAGAUAUGAGGAAGAGAGUUUUGCAGAAGCUUCAUAGGUUGUUUGGUGGAUCUGAUGAAGACAAUUAUGCUUUGAGCUUAGAGAAAGUUACUGCUACUGAGAUUUUCUUCUUAGCUUCCAUGUAUUUCUUCUUCAAUCCCGGUGAAGGCGGUCCGGGGAGGUGUUAUGCUUCAGGGAAACAUGUGUGGCUCUCUGAUGCGGUUAACUCCGAGUCUGACUAUUGUUUCAGGUCUUUUAUGGCGAAAUCUGCGGGAAUCAGAACGAUCGUUAUGGUUCCUACUGAUGCUGGUGUUCUUGAGCUUGGUUCUGUUUGGUCUUUGCCUGAAAACAUUGGCUUGGUUAAGUCUGUUCAAGCUUUGUUCAUGAGGAGAGUUUCGCAACCAUUACUGGUGACUUCAAACACUAACAUGAGUGGAGGGAUUCACAAGCUUUUCGGGCAGGAUUUGAAUAACUCGGAUCGUGGAGCUCACGCGUAUCCUAAGAAACUCGAAGUGAGAAGAAACUUGGAUGACAGGUUCACUCCUCAAAGUUGGGAAGGCUAUAAUAAUAAUAAAGGUCCAACAUUUGGUUACACACCUCAGAGAGAAGAUGUGAAAGUGCAAGAGAAUGUGAAUGUGGUUGUAGAUGAUAACAAUUACAAGACGCAGAUUGAGUUUGCUGGAUCAUCAGUAGCUGCUUCUUCUAAUCCAUCUACAAACACUCAACUAGAAAAGUCAGAAUCUUGUAGAGAGAAAAGACCAGUGAGCUUGUUAGCAGGAGCAGGAACAGUUUCUGUUGUUGAUGAGAAGAGACCGAGAAAGCGAGGUAGAAAGCCUGCAAACGGAAGAGAAGAGCCAUUGAACCAUGUGGAAGCUGAGAGGCAGAGACGCGAGAAGCUUAACCAAAGAUUCUACGCUUUACGGUCAGUUGUUCCAAACAUUUCGAAAAUGGACAAAGCUUCUCUACUUGGAGACGCAAUUUCUUACAUCAAAGAGCUUCAAGAGAAAGUCAAGAUCAUGGAAGAUGAAAGAGUAAGAACAGAUAACAGCUUAUCGGAAUCAAACACAAGAACAGUAGAAGAAAGUCCAGAAGUUGACAUUCAAGCUAUGAAUGAAGAGGUUGUUAUAAGAGUAGUCUCACCUCUAGAUUCACAUCCAGCUUCAAGAAUCAUACAAGCAAUGAGAAACUCAAAUGUUAGUCUAAUGGAGGCUAAGUUAUCAUUAGCUGAAGACACAAUGUUUCACAGUUUUGUGAUAAAGUCUAACAACGGGUCAGAUCCAUUGACGAAAGAGAAGCUUAUAGCAGCGGCUUACCCCGAGAACAGCUUGACGCAGCAGCCAUUACCGUCUUCUAGCUCACAGGUUUCUGGUGAUAGCUAGGUUUCACAUGAUGGUGAAGCUUUCUAUUCUUGCUUUAGUAUAGAUAACUUUCAGGUUCAACUAGAAAUAGAUAAAAUUAAUCCUU